AUGCCUCGAGUUCUGUGCGUGGCGGAGAAGCCGUCGAUUGCCAAGGCCGUUGCAAAUCAUCUCGCUGGUCAAGCAAGAGCUGAAGAUGUCCCGGGAAUUGGCUAUGUCAAAAACUACAGGUUUGACUUUGGCUUUCAGCAAUGGGGACAAUGCUCAGUCACCUUCACUUGUGUCGCUGGCCAUAUCGUGGCGCAUGACUUCCCUGAGCGAUUCAAGAAGUGGCAUUCCUGCCAGCCAGCAGCCUUGUUCGAUGCCCCGAUCGAACAGAGCAUAGCAGAAAACAAAAAGGUAGUGGCGAAGAAUAUCGAGACCCAGGCUAGGUAUGCCUCGAUUCUGUACAUCUGGACCGAUUGCGAUCGCGAGGGCGAGCAUAUCGGUACCGAGAUUCGUGACAUUGCACUCAAAGUGAAACCAAACAUGCAAGUCUGGAGAGCGCGUUUCAGCAACAUCGAGAGAGCACAUGUCAUACAAGCUUCGCAAAGUCCUGUCCGUCUAGACGAAGCGCAGGCACAAGCUGUUUCCGCUCGCAUCGAACUAGAUCUUCGCCUCGGGGCCGCCUUUACACGCAUGCAGACCUUGGCACUUCAAAAUAUGGUACCUCAGCAAGGUGAAGAGCGUCGUAAGCUCAUCAGCUACGGGUCAUGCCAAUUCCCCACGUUGGGCUUCGUCGUCGACCGUUACCUUCGCGUACGCAACUUCGUGCCAGAGUCAUUCUGGUUGAUCAAGCUUGCACAUAAAAAAGACGGCAUCGAUGUCAAGUUCAACUGGCGACGAGGUCACCUGUUCGAUCGCAUGGCUGUCAUCAUCAUCUUUGAGCGAUGCUUGGUGUCCAAAACCGCAAAGGUUGUUAAGAUGACAAAAAAGCCGACCAAGAAGUGGAAGCCGCUGCCCCUGACCACGGUCGAGCUCCAGAAAAACGGUAGUCGAUUUCUUCGUAUGACUUCGCAGGAUGUCAUGAAGGUGGCAGAACAGCUCUAUACUAAAGGCUGGAUCAGCUACCCACGCACUGAGACGGAUCAAUUCGACCGAGGCAUGGAUCUGAGAGCACUCGUAUCUAGACAAACACAGGACAAUCGCUGGGGACCGUUUGCACAGAACCUGAUGAAUGGCGGCUUCCAACAGCCUCGCAGUGGGCGUAACAACGACAAAGCUCAUCCACCUAUCCAUCCUGUCAACUAUGUAGCGGCCACCCAGCUCAACGAAGAUGAGCGUAAGGUCUAUGACUUUGUUGUUCGGCGCUUCCUCGCAUGCUGUGCCGAAGAUGCAGUGGGCGAAGCUACUGACAUUGAAAUCGAAUAUGGGAGCGAACUGUUCCACGCACAUGGCCUUAGGGUCCUUGCUCGGAAUUACCUCGAUGUGUACCCGUUUGAUAAGUGGGAGAGCAGUCAACAGCUCCCUGACUAUAGGCUAGGUGAGACCUUUGAGCCUACGGAAGCCAACCUGUUGGAUGGAGAAACCUCGCCGCCAGCCUAUCUUACCGAACCAGAGCUGAUUUCGCUCAUGGAUGCAAAUGGAAUCGGCACGGAUGCGACCAUGGCAGAUCAUAUUGAGACAAUCAAGGAACGACAAUACGUCAUCGCACGAACCAAAGGAGGAGGAGCUGUCGCGGCUGCAGCGGCUGGUGACGGGACUGGAAGGGGAAGAGGACGGGGAAGAGGGGGUGCACGGGGUGGGCGAGGACGAGGUGGGCGAGGUGGUGGGACAGCAGGUCAGAACGCUGGAGGAGGGACAGGGACAGGGGGAGUGCAAGAGUUCAUUCCGACGACGUUGGGCGUCGCACUGAUUGAGGGCUACGAUAAUGUUGGCUUUGAGACCAGUCUGAGUAAACCAUUUCUCCGGAAGGAGAUGGAGGGCCAGAUGAAGGCGAUUUGCGAAGGGCGCACAACGCGCAACGACGUGGUUCAACAGAACCUCGAUCAGUAUCGUGCCGUGUUCAAUCGGACUGUGCAGCAGAUGCACGUGCUCAAAGCGGUCAGUCAAGAGUCGAAUAUUGGGGUGGCAUCAAUGUGUUUUGUGUGUAGUGGCAUGGCUAACGAAGGGGUCCACAUCCACCAGGCAAUCACCAAGGUUUCUUCGCACUCUGCCCACCAAAAGUCAAAAAUGGGCAUGACGGAGAGCAACAGUAGGUACUCUCUACACUCUAUGCUGUUGGUAGGCACUCUACUGUACAUAGAUACUGCCCAGGUGUGUAGGUGCAGCGGGGGCUUAUGA